UUCUGCUCCUCCCUUGCAGAAACUUUCCCGUCCCUGCGCCUGGCUCCGUGCGCGGACUCCGGGGCCAGCAGCGCUCCCGCAGCCCCGCCGCCCUCCCCCGGCCCGAUCCCGGUCCCGAUCCCGGUCCCGAUCCCGGUCCGGGUCCCGGUCCUGAUCCUGCUCCCGGUCCUGGUCCCGGUCCCGGCACCCGCGGCCGGCCCAGCCCUCCGAAGCACGGAGCAGGUUGUCGCGUGUCCGUGGGGGCUCGGGGUCGGAGCCCAGAGCAGCCAGCACCAUAGCGUCCAACAGCUGGAACGCCAGCGGCAGCCCCGGGGAGGGGCGGGAAGAUGGCCAGGACGGCAUGGACAAGAGUCUGGACAAUGAUGCCGAGGGGGUGUGGAGUCCGGACAUCGAGCAGAGCUUCCAGGAGGCGCUGGCGAUCUACCCCCCCUGCGGCCGGCGGAAAAUCAUCCUCUCGGAUGAGGGCAAGAUGUACGGUCGCAACGAACUGAUCGCCCGCUACAUCAAGCUGCGGACGGGGAAGACACGGACGAGGAAGCAGGUGUCCAGCCACAUACAGGUUCUAGCUCGGAAGAAGGUGCGGGAGUACCAGGUUGGCAUCAAGGUCUCUAGCCACUUGCAGGUUCUUGCCCGGCGGAAAUCUCGGGAGAUUCAGUCCAAGCUGAAGGCCAUGAACUUGGACCAGGUCUCGAAGGACAAGGCUCUGCAGAGCAUGGCUUCCAUGUCCUCCGCGCAGAUCGUGUCGGCCAGCGUCCUGCAGAACAAGCUCAGCCCCCCCCCUCCUCUUCCUCAGGCCGUCUUCUCUGCUGCCCCCAGGUUUUGGAGCGGGCCGAUCCCAGGACAGCCUGGACCCUCUCAGGACAUUAAACCGUUUGCACAACCAGCUUACCCCAUCCAGCCACCCAUGCCUCCGUCACUAGCCAGUUACGAGCCCUUGGCUCCGCUCCCACCAGCCGCCUCGGCCGUGCCGGUCUGGCAGGACCGCACCAUCGCCUCCGCCAAGCUCCGGCUCCUCGAGUACUCCGCCUUCAUGGAGGUGCCGCGGGACGCCGAAACGUACAGCAAACACCUCUUCGUGCACAUCGGCCAGACGAACCCCUCGUACAGCGACCCGCUGCUGGAGGCCGUGGACAUCCGCCAGAUCUACGACAAGUUCCCCGAGAAGAAAGGCGGCCUCAAGGAGCUCUACGAGCGCGGCCCCCAGAACUCCUUCUUCCUCGUCAAGUUUUGGGCGGAUCUGAACAGCACCAUCCAGGACGGGCCGGGGACUUUCUACGGUGUGAGCAGCCAGUACAGCAGCGCGGAGAACAUGACCAUCACGGUCUCCACCAAGGUGUGCUCCUUCGGGAAGCAGGUCGUGGAGAAGGUGGAGACGGAGUACGCGCGGCUGGAGAACGGCCGGUUCGUCUACCGCAUCCACCGGUCCCCCAUGUGCGAGUACAUGAUCAACUUCAUCCACAAACUCAAGCACCUCCCGGAGAAGUACAUGAUGAACAGCGUCCUGGAGAAUUUCACCAUCCUGCAGGUUGUUACGAACAGGGAUACCCAGGAAACCUUGCUCUGCAUAGCCUUUGUUUUCGAGGUCUCCACCAGCGAGCACGGCGCCCAGCACCACGUGUACAAGUUGGUGAAGGACUAGGGGCCCUCUGGGACGGGCGGGGGCACGAGGGGCGCGGGGAGGGGGGGGGGGCCGUGCAGAAACGCCGCCCGUGCCCCCCGGCCUCGUGAGAAGUCAUUUGAAGAGCGAAGGAGGAGGAGGAGGAAGAAAAUCAAUAGCCAAAAAAGACUGACUUGCGAUCGCAGAUGUUUUCUACUUAGGAACAGUUCCUUUUUUUUUUUUUUUUUAAUAAAUAAUAAAAAAAAAAAGAAGAAUGAGAAAGGAACCGUAGGGAGAAAGGAGCCCGUGUCCGGCGCUGGAAGGGGACGGACCAGCCCUCGGUGGUGCCGAUGAAGGCCAGGACGGCGCCGUGCCGCAGCCAGCACCGUGCGGGAUGUCGGAGUGGAGGAUGACCCCCCCGGUCCCAAGUGGGCAGGAGCACGGUGGCUCGGCCAGGACGCGGUGUCACCAGCCCCUCGGCAUCGUCCCCAGGGCAGUGGCUGUGGUGUGGCAGAGCCCGGCGCUGGGGGUGGCGGCGGGGACGUGGGGACGUCCCUGCAAGGCCAGGGCAGAAGUGCCGAGGUGGGAGCAGGUAGGAGCAGGGCAGGAGAGAGGGGCUGCGGAGGGGGGGGUGCUGCUGCUGCAUCCCAGGAACCGGCACCCUUGGGUGCCUUAAAAAGGAGGGACAGGAGAAGCUGCGUCUCGGGUCCCUCCCCCCAAGGAGGGUGCUCCUCGUCCGAGCCCGUCCGGCGGCGUUGGAGUGGGAGGGCAUCGACGAUGCAAAGCAAUUUUUUAUGGCUCAUUUUUUUUUUCCUUUUUUUUUUUUUUUUUUUAAAUUAAAGUGCUUUUUAAUACUUUUUAAAAAGACACCGUGCUCGGAAUCGGGAUUUGUCCCUCCUGUGCCGCUCCACCGUGCCGGGGACCUGCUCCCUGCCCGUCUCCGGUGCCGGUGGCCGGAGGAGGUGGCAGAGCCGAGCUCGCCGGGUCGGAGCCGUACGGUGAAAUUCCGUGGCUCGGGCAGGCACGGGGAAGGUUCGGGGUCACCACGCACGUGGGGUCCCUGCGGAGCGCGGCCGGGUUCGUGCGUGGCAGUGAGAGCCUCGGGCUGUGCUUGUGCUUUCAGGGAUUACACUUGGGGGCUUUGCCAGUGCCAAGCGCCCCCGGUGUAGCUUGCCGCGGUGUAUCGAGGACGGUGCAGUGGAUUAUUUGCCUGAUUUACUUUGCAUAUGUAAAUUUCCCGACUUUUUUUUUUUUUUUUUUUUUUGUCUGUUUUUUGUGUUGACAAUUCUGGUGUCGGCUUUUCCCGGCAGCCCGCAGAGAGCGGCCGGGUGUUGGCUCGGGCAGGGAGGAGCGCGCGGCGCAGAGCUGUGAGCAGGCAGAGGUCAGGGCAGAGGGGACAGAGCGGGGACAGAGGACACGAGGGACGCGGGACUGGUUAUUUUUGCGGCGUUUUUGGGGCUGCAGCCCCAAAAUUACCCAACGCAGCGUGCCCAGUCCCGCAGCGGCGGCUGCGAGAGCAUCCCCGGGAAGGAUGCCGAGCGGCAGAGGUGGCGCGGAGCAGGGUGGCAGGGGACAGGGACCCCAAGGGGGUGACAAUUUGGCCCUGGCCGCGGUGCCGGAGGGGGAACGAAGGCAGCAGGAGGUGCAGAGCCAGGUGCUGCGGGAUGGCAGGAGGGAUGGGGGAUGCGGGAGCAGGGGCUGGGGAGCCAGGUGGGGUGUCGGGGUGCGAGGGUGCCGGGCGCGGAGGAGGAGCAGGAACAGCGCAGAGAGCUCAGGAAUCGGCCUUGCAGCCACACGGGGACGGCGCCACGUGUCCCCCGAGGCGCGGGGACUUCGACCUCGCCGCCGGGAGAAGCCACCCCCAUGCCCGUGUCCUGGUCCAAGGAAAAAAAAAAAAGAGGGGGGGGGGUGAAAAGGGGGCCACCACCGCCCCCCCCCCCAUCCCAGGGCUGCGCCGCCCAGCUGCGUUCUCAUAUGUAGCAUGUUUGUUUGUUGUUUCCUGGUUUUUGUCUGUUGUUUUUUUUUUUUUUCUUCUUCUUUCCUUUCUCACCGAUCUAAAACUCUGGGAAUUACAGCUCCAAAACCUCCCCGCCACCACACACACGCCUGCCCUGCCUCUGCGCCCCCCCAGGGGACGAAGCUCUUGGUUAACUGGACCGGUUUGUGCCUCCCUCCUUCCCUCCAGCCCCCCCCCCCCCCCCAGCCCACGCACACGCGGACGCCCCCCCAAGCCCCCCGGCCCUGGGUGGGAUUCAGCCACGACCCCAGAGCCACUUUUCUCGCCCCUUCCCCGAACCCCUCCGUUCUCCUCCGGUGUAUUUAUGAAUUUCACAUGAAGUACUGUUUUAUUUUUUUAAAAGACUUUGUAAAGCUUACCAGGGUUACGAUCACCAUUUUUAGAGCUGUGUCGGUCCACAAUGUU